UAUGCAAAAGUGGAAGAAAAUUGGGAGUGGAGAUUUGGAAGGAGAGGAGGUGUAUAAGUUCUCAGUACAUUGACUUACGUUAUUGGGGAUACUUAUACUGCUGAUAAUUAGGUUUGGAACUUAUGAUUAUGGAAAUUAUUUUGUGAUUUACUACUACAUGUAUCAUCUUUAUGUUUGGAUGUCAAUGAUCCCAAAUAUAUUUUAUCUUACAGCCCCUGAAUAUUGGAGAGAUGUAAUGGACAAAAACAGGGCACCAAACGGAGGAACUAGAUGUGAAUUUGGAUUAUGAAUUUAUCUUUAUGCGUUCAUGUUUGGAUUCCAAGGAAUGAUUAAUUACUAUGCAAUAAGACCCAACUGGAGGAAUAAAUUUCUUUGCUUUGUAAUAACAGUUGUAGCCCCAUUAUAUCACUUGUUUCUACUAAUAGUUGUGUCAUUCAUUUUCGAUCCAGACCAUGCCAAAGCUGCAUUCAUUGUUUUAGGAGUUCUGUAUUCCUAUUUUUAUGUCUGGUAUACAAUUCUCACAUACGUCGGGAUGAACUCGAAAGCUGAGACAAUUAUGUUUUGCUUAAAUCCAUUCCAUUGGAUUUCGCUUCUGUUAGGCCUUGUCACCUUUCCUAUUGCUCAGUUUGCUAGACAGAAAGGAAAGGAGUGGUGGGAAGAAGUAAAGAUUGCUGAAAGAAGAAGAAAAGGAGACCUCAUUUUUAACCCUGAUCUUGUAAACAAGAUAGAAAAAAUCAAAUCAAGUAUCAAUAGAGAUAAAGAUCACGAAGAACAUAUCAUUAGAAAUUUCAAUCAAAAACUCCAGGACAACAUCAAACCAGACAUUCUCGACAUUGAUAAAGAGUAUGACACUGACUGCAUUUCCUGAAAUAACCCAAUAAGAGCUACCCACUUCUUUACCAUCAACGAUUCAGGCGAACUAGUUCAUUUCGGUUGUCCCUAGCUAAACUAAUUCCUUAGUUCAACACCU